AAGUCAGAAUUAGCUAUAUUGUAAAAAAUCGUGAAAACAAAAAUGUUCUUUUUGGUAUUCAUUUAAGGUCUGGCAUAAAGGUAUCAAGUGUGGUUAUCGUUAGGUUUAGGUUUAAAAUCAGUUUUUAAGAAGAGAAAUGGUAGAAAUAGGUGGGGUUAAUGACUGUGGCUGUGGUAACUAGUGACUACCCCCCCCACAGGGCGUGUCUGUCUUUGUAAAUUACAUAUUUCAGAUGGUUAGCUGAAACUUGUCUGUAGCAAACCACCCACUGAAGUCACCUGGCUGUAGAGAGAAAGAGAACUACCUGACAUUGACAAAUAACCAUUCAUUGCUCUGCCAGCCUGCCUUUCCCACCUGUUACAAUGGCAUCAGUGUCUGUGGCCAACACCAAUUUCUCUCUGGAGCUGUUCAAGAAGAUCACAGAGCACAACAAAACAGGCAAUGUCUUCUACUCCCCUCUCAGCAUCUGCUCUGCCCUGGCCAUGGUGUCCCUGGGAGCCAGAGGUAACACUGCUACCCAGAUGUCAGAGUCCCUGCACCUCCACAAAGCUACGGAUAACGUCCAUGUCGGCUUCAACAAACUCAUGAGUGAACUGAACAAGAAGGGAGCCCCGUACGCACUGAGCCUGGCCAAUCGCCUGUACGGCGAGCAGUCUUACCAGUUUGUUCAGACUUUCCUCGGCGACACCAAGAAGCACUACAAUGCCGAGCUGGAGGCUGUGGACUUCAAGUCCAAUGCGGAGACUGCCAGACAGAACAUUAACGCCUGGGUGGAGAAGCAGACCGCAGAGAAAAUCAAGAACCUAUUGGCGGAGGGGGUUGUCAACCAACUCACCAGACUAGUGUUGGUGAACGCCAUCUACUUCAAGGGCAACUGGGAGAAGAAGUUCAAAGAGAGCAGCACCAGCGAUGCCCUGUUCAAAUUGAACAAGAAUGAGAGUAAGCCAGUGAAAAUGAUGCAUCAGAAGGCCAAGUUCCCCCUGACCUUCAUCCCAGAGGCCAACUGCCAGAUUCUGGAGCUACCCUACGUAGGGAAUGAACUAAGCAUGCUCAUCAUGCUACCUAAUGAGAUGGAGGAUGACACCACUGGUCUGAAGAAGCUAGAGAAGGAGCUGACUUACAAGAACCUUGUGGAGUGGACCAGGCCUGACAUGAUGGACACGGUGGAGGUUCAGGUGGGCCUGCCCAAGUUCAAGCUGGAGGAGAGCCUGGACCUGAAGGACUUGCUUGUCAGCAUGGGCAUGACGGACGCCUUCGACCACUCCAAAAGCGACUUCUCGGGCAUGUCGCCCGUCAACGACCUGGUGCUGUCCAAGGUGAUUCACAAGGCCUUCGUGGAGGUCAACGAGGAGGGAACGGAGGCAGCGGGCGCCACGGCCGCCAUCAUGAUGAUGCGCUGUGCCAUGAGGACGCCCACAUUUGUCGCCGACCACCCCUUCCUCUUCUUCAUCCGCCACAACCCCACCCAGAGCGUUCUGUUCUACGGUCGCUACUGCUCCCCUUAGGGGCUAUAUAGGAAAUGGAACAUGCCAUGUGGAGGGAGGAAGGGCUUUUAAUAGUAUAUACUGCAGCAGCUACAUCAAUAUCCCAUCUGUGUGCUUGAUUAUAUGCUUUGAUGUCAAUGCCUUACCAAAGAAUUGAAGAGUCAAGUGUAUUUGUGAUGAAAUUAGGUUUGAGGAAUUUAAUGAAUUUCUUACUGGCCUGAUGUUACGAACAACACAUUUUGCCUUAUCAUGAUGUUUCUCUACUUUCCACCUACUUCAACACACUGAAGUGCAAUUAUCCUCAAACAUUUUUAUUUUGUUUUCUGAUAAUGAACUCUCCUAGUCUUCUGAUGUGCUCACGACUCUUUUUAACCUACUGUUCAUGUGGUAAGCUAUACUGGUGUUUUCUUUUCAAAUUAAGCAACUAUAUGAAAGUUUACAGGAAAUAAAGAUAUGAUAAGUGUG